AGUGACAAUAACAGUGAUGUGAAGUUAGGCAAACGUCAAUAGUGUCACUUGUCACUUUUUGACAUUAAUUAUGUCGUAAAUUUUAACAAACAAGUCAUUAAUUAGUGAAAAGAAUGCAAUUGAGGUGUAAUUAUCGUGUACAAUAAAUUGCGGGCCCCCUUGUCUCGAUGCCUGCCCAGGCCGAGCGCCUCACGCGCCCCAAAAACAUGUCCGAGGAGUUAUCCGGGGUCACAGUCGUGAUUAUCAUCGGUUUGGGUGUCUUAACCUUCAUCUUGUUGUUUAUUUUCGCCAAGAGACAAAUAAUGCGGUUUGCGUUGCGCUCUCGACGGGGCCCCCAUGUCCCGAUCGGGCACGACGGCCCCAAGGUCCUGAAACGCGAAAUCGAGCGCCGAAUCGAUGUGAUCCCCCGGGUCAUCUGCGACCCCCUUUUGAUAAGCAAAAAGGACCCUCGGUAUAUCGUGUACCCCGGACAGCAAAUCCCUGCACACUACUACCGCCUCAAGGCCGUCGACGACGUCAAAACUUUGGAGGCGGAAAUUACGAGACAGGAUAGUGGGUUUUACAGACACCCGAGUGAGAAUCUCCGGGCGUAUCUCUUGACGACCCUGGCAGCCCCCUUGAACGGCAGUGGGCAACGCCUCAUACACCAAUUCUGCGAUUUAUACGAGCACGCGAGACACGACCCCAGCCCCUUUGGGGACGAGGAAUACCAACAGUAUAAUCGACUUUUACUGAAACUAGUCGAUGCCUCGAAGCUCCUCAAGGCUUACAAUAGUCGAAAAUCGUCCCCAAAUCGGACCCCCCAUCGACAAAAACCACCCCAAGAGAAAAACAAGAAUUUAUUGGACCCGACAAGAUUACACCCGUGCCCCCACGAAGACGAGGUUUUGGCUGUCUCGGACUCACGCCCCACAUCCCUAACUGUCUCUCUUGCCGAUAACGAGACUUCAGUCUGACUCACAUUCGAGAUUUAGGUAUUUUACCCAUUUCAUGUUUUUGCAAAACUCCAAUUCGUGUCUCAGACACUUCAAACUGGACAAAAAAACGUCCCGGUUUGGAAUUUGUGACGUAGACAUGUGGGAAAACCACUCAAGGGCCUGAAAUUUCACUUCAAAAUUUUUCAAAAAAAUUGAGUCCUGACCUGUGGCACACAAAUACUCCAAUGAUUGACGUCCAAAAGCGUCGCAAUGGCCCGAGGGAACGUUUCGUACAUUUUCUCACCGUCAUCAAGGGCAAAAUGGCCGGAGAAAACGAGCGUAGCGAGGAGAAAAACAUCGCUUAAGAAGUGGGUUUCCCCGGGAGUUGCUUGGAUUUGACCGAGGAGUUCCAACAGCCAUAGGACACAUUCGGUGUUGUUUUGGUGUUUUUGAAACACUUGAGUCAGGCUUGCAAACAUGAAAUUUCUGUCACUGUAAUGAAAGAAUUACGAUUUUUUUAAUUGAUUGAUUAAUUGAUAAUUACGGGAAUUUAUGACCAUGUUCGAUUAAAUCGUUGAGGAGGUUUAAAGGGGCUUCCUGAGUGAUUAAAGCCAAAGAAGUGCGAAUUUUUAUCGCUUUUUUGAACCAUUCACUUCGUAUUUCUUUGACCAUUUUCGGUGAGGAUAAAUCGUUGAUGCAUUUCAUGGGGAAAUGGACAACACAGUCGAGCAAAACUUGAAAUAACUGCGAGAAAAAUUAACGUUUUGACUUUUUUCUAAUGUUUUACCUUUGAUGUGAUUGGAGUUUCGGCGAAAAUGUCGCUUAUUAUUUGUGCAAUUACGAUUUUAUUAGCCUCUUGUAUCUCUCUAUUACGUAAAGUGUUUUUUAAGUGGA